AUGGCAGACGCAACCGCCGGCGUUACUGCCGAUUCGCUGAAGACCAAACUCAUGGAGCAGCUUGAGGCGCAGGUGGUUGAGAUUGAGGAUCUGUCGGGUGGCUGCGGACAGGCUUUCCAGGCGGUUAUUGUUUCCCCCCAGUUCGAGAAGAAGAAUAUGCUUGCGCGUCAUCGGUUGGUGAACUCGGUCUUGAAGGCGGAGAUUGCUGCGAUUCAUGCCUGGACGCCAAAGUGUUAUACCCCCGAGCAGUGGCAGGCCUUGCAACAGGGAAGCGCGUGA